UGUUACUCGCGUUUACUCUGAAGAGGCCACUUCCGGCUCGGUGUCUGCGUGCCGCCGUGUCUCUUGACGCCUCCUCAGCCGCGCUCUCUGUGGGUGAAGCCGCAGGAGCAGCGCUUCCAUAAUGCGGCCGUGAGGUGAACGGAGGAGGAGGCGGAGGAGGAGGACAGCGGCGUCUGCACCGAGCCCGUGUCCGCCCACCAGGCACCGGAGAGCGGGGAGCGAGAGAGAGAGAGAGGAUCCAGGCACCAUGUCGAACCGAAAGCACCGGGACAACCAGGAGAUCUGCGCCCGCAAGGUCCGCGAGCUGGCCCAGUCCGGAGUAAACAAACACUGCUUCGAGUGCAGCCAGCCCGGGGUGACUUACACCGACGUCACGGUGGGGAGCUUCGUGUGCACGUCGUGCUCCGGAAUGCUGAGAGGCCUCAACCCUCCCCACAGAGUCAAGUCCAUCUCCAUGACGACCUUCUCCCAACAGGAAGUGGAAUUCCUGCAAAACCAUGGCAACGAGAUCGGGAGGAGGACCUGGCUGUGUGUGUUUGACCCAAAGACGGACAGCUGCUCCGACAUGAAGGACUCUCAGAAGUUUAAAGAGUUCCUGCAGGACAAAUAUGAGAAGAAGAAAUGGCAUUUUUCCAAGAGUAAGAACCGGAGGGAUGUGGAGGGUCCGUGGAGCCCGGGGGUCCAGGCCAUGCCACCCUCCCAUGGUCCCCUAGCGAGCCAGGCGCCCGCUCACAACCUGCCCCCCAACGCCAGAUCGGCACGGCCCCUGUCCCAGGCCCAGCUGCCGCCGUGGGAUCGAGUGCCCGCGAUCUCGCCCGCCGACAUGCGGAUGGACGUGUUCACCGCUCGGCCGUCGCGCUCACAAAGCUUCAGAGACCCCACUCUGAAAGACCCCACCCUGUGUGGGAUAGAGAGACAGCGGCCAGGCUCCCUGUCCUCAGGGCUGGGGGCUCAGAGUCACGCCCCCUCCUUCCCCGCCCUCCCACGACCAUCAGCCAGUAGCUCUUUCAAAAACCACUUCACUUUAGGUCGCACAGUGUCGGCCUCGGGGGCCACGGGGCCGUUCAGGGCCUUCCCCAAGUCUCUCAGCGUGGACUUUGGAGGUCUGAGUCACGCUCAGCCACAGGGUCUGCCCCAGUCGCUGUCCCAACCUCAGCAGCAUCCUGCCGGUGGCAGCCAGACGACUCCGCCAGUCGGCCGCUCCGGCCAGGACAGAUACGCUGCCGUGUCCCAGCUGGACAUCGUCUUCUCCGACCCGCCUACGACCACAGCGCCGCCUGCUGGCCCCCCGCAGUACAGCACCAUCUUCGGCAGCAGGCUCUCUUCCAGCUCCACUCCUGCCAGUUCCCCCGGUGUCGAUGCAGGGUCCAGCUCCCAGACCUUUGCAAAUUUCCCCAACCCAUUCAGCGCCGGCUCCGGCUCUGCUUCCCAGCAGCCUGUUGCCCUCUCCCCCAGUAACCCCUUCAGCAACGCCUCAGGAGGUGACUCCAGCCCGUUUGUCAGCUCGCCCACCUCCGUGUUCCCUGCGUCCGCCUCCUUCCCAACGCCCACCACCCAGAAUGCAUUUCCUCACGAGUCAGCCAGCAGCCAGGAAGCCAAUGGUUUUGCCUCCUUCCCUGCGUCCGACUCUCAACCCAAAGUCGCCCGGCCGAUGUCGGUGAACCCGUUUACUGGGAAUAUUUAUCCAAGUCGAGGGACGUCGCGGAACCCUUUCAUCUGAUCCUCCCCACCAGCACCCCCACUGCCUCCUCUUACUUCACCCCCACCCCACCCAUCCCAUCUCUGGGAACCGAGGGAGAAGUGAACUUGAGGAGUCGCUGCCAUUUCAAUGCCUCUGGAGUAUUUUCAUCCUCGGGGAGGGAGGGCGCGGCGUCCCCGCAGGACCCUGCCCUGUGCCCCCCCCCCCUUCCUCGCCGCCCUCUCUCCGUCUGUGUUUACGUGUUUGUAGAGGACAAAAAAAAAAAACAAUGUGUGAAUGUAAUUAAGAAACCCAUGUGUGUACGAGAGUGUUGGCUUGCUGUGUUUGUACAAGACAAGUGUCCGAAGGUGUUUGUGUGCCAGUAUCGACGCCACCUCAGGGCUCUGUGGGAGUCACGGGGAAACGACGCCUCUAUGAUUUUUGCAGAAACAAACACUUACACACACACACAUGCAUACAUAUACAGUAUAUAUAUUAUACACAUGUUGCUGCUGCUGCUACUUUGCUUUCAUCUCCUGCUAAAAAAAAAAGUGCAAAGAAACUCCUCCAGCCCGCCCCGGUGAACACGCCCACUGUUGUCUUCUGCUUUGAAGAAUCUCCGAGUUCUCCGAAAAGGAAAAGCCAGUUGAGAAUGGGACCCUGCAUCAUGAGUUCUCUACAGAUGGUUCUAACAGCCUUAACAGCCUCCUGAUGCAUGUGAGCUAGCGUCCACAAGCUAAGACGAGCCUUUCUCCGUGGAAGGAUGCGUGGAACACGUCUGCAUAGGUCACCUGCAUAGAUCUUUCUUAUUUUCUUUGGUCCAUCGAAGGAGAAUUUAUGUUUUCCACUCUCAGGCUGCAUGCGCUUCGAGGGCUAAAAAGGAGAUGCUACUGAAUGUAAAAGCAAUUUCAGAAUAACUUACAUUAAUGUGCACGUUUAACGUCAUCGCUUCAUUGACCGGACCAAAAUGUUCAGUUUGCUGUUUUGGGGGUUUUAACUUUUUUUUUUCUUCGGUUGACAUGGAAGUUUAUUUCUCUCAUUUUGCCAAGAAAAAAAGAAAAGAAAGGAGAUUCAUGUUACAACGUCUUUGUAAUGACAAGUAUCCAUGUUCAUAAAAUUACGUCUGUUGCUUCUUAAGAA